AGCGCUUUUAGUAAUAUUAGAGCUUUCACUAAACCCUGGCCUCUUAUGUCCCCUCCCCUGAGAUUUACCUUUACAGACUCAAAUUCUUUCACGCCGGGAAGGCAGGCUGAGGGCUGCGAAAACCUGCAGCUCAUACCCAAAGCUAGCACGGUCUAUCGCUGGAGAUCCAGCGCCCAAGAGCUCCGCCGGGCGCAUAGCGCACGGCACACCUCCUCCCCCAAGCCGCAGACUCAGUAACUCGCCCCGGACUAACCUGACCAGAAACAAGAGAUAAAGUAAUAAUAGGUACUGUGGGAAAAAACACAGAAGAACAAUUUUGUAAUAUAGUGGUGAUUUACAAGUCAAGUUAAAAUGUCCCCAGAAGUGGCCUUGAAUCGAAUAUCUCCAAUGCUCUCGCCUUUCAUAUCUAGCGUGGUCCGGAAUGGAAAAGUGGGACUGGAUGCUACAAACUGUUUGAGGAUAACUGACUUAAAAUCUGGCUGCACAUCAUUGACUCCUGGGCCCAACUGUGACCGAUUUAAACUGCACAUACCAUAUGCUGGAGAGACAUUAAAAUGGGAUAUCAUUUUCAAUGCCCAAUACCCAGAACUGCCUCCCGAUUUUAUCUUUGGAGAGGAUGUUGAAUUCCUGCCAGACCCCUCAGCUUUGCAGAAUCUUGCCUCCUGGAAUCCUUCAAAUCCUGAAUGUCUCUUACUUGUGGUGAAGGAACUUGUGCAACAGUAUCACCAAUUCCAAUGCAGCCGCCUCCGGGAGAGCUCCCGCCUCAUGUUUGAAUACCAGACAUUACUGGAAGAGCCACAGUAUGGAGAGAACAUGGAAAUUUAUGCUGGGAAAAAAAACAACUGGACUGGUGAAUUUUCAGCUCGUUUCCUUUUGAAGUUGCCAGUGGAUUUCAGCAAUAUCCCCACAUACCUUCUCAAGGAUGUAAAUGAAGACCCUGGAGAAGAUGUGGCCCUCCUCUCUGUUAGUUUUGAGGACACUGAAGCCACCCAGGUGUACCCCAAGCUGUACUUGUCACCUCGAAUUGAGCAUGCACUUGGAGGCUCCUCAGCUCUUCAUAUCCCAGCUUUCCCAGGAGGAGGAUGUCUCAUUGAUUACGUUCCUCAAGUAUGCCACCUGCUCACCAACAAGGUGCAGUACGUGAUUCAAGGGUAUCACAAAAGAAGAGAGUAUAUUGCUGCUUUCCUCAGUCACUUUGGCACAGGUGUCGUGGAAUAUGAUGCAGAAGGCUUUACAAAACUCACUCUGCUGCUGAUGUGGAAAGAUUUUUGUUUUCUUGUACACAUUGACCUGCCUCUGUUUUUCCCUCGAGACCAGCCAACUCUCACAUUUCAGUCCGUCUAUCACUUCACCAACAGCGGACAGCUUUACUCCCAGGCCCAAAAAAAUUACCCGUACAGCCCCAGAUGGGAUGGAAAUGAAAUGGCCAAAAGAGCAAACCAGCUGGCCCUCCCUUCUCCUCCUCCUUCUCAUCUGCUGCACCAGGGGAUGCCAAGGGAGCAGAGAUGCCUGCAGCCCGUGGGAGCAAGUCCUGGCCUUUGCAGUUGCAAAAACUGGCUGCAAGCUGCUCCAGCCCCAGAGGAACGGGCCAAGCUCCAGAGGGCCUCCUUGGAGGGCCUCAGAGGGAGAGAGAACUGCUCAGUAAUUUUGAUCACUUUGGGCUUAUUUCAAAACCUUUGUCCCUCAGUUCCAGGAGGCAGCAUUUGCCAAUGGAAAGCUCUAGGAAACACCAGUCUUGAGAGGUGGCCAGCCAGACUGCCUGUCCACAUGCGUGUCAGCACACACAGCCGCUUCCUGGAAGCCGCCUGGCAUGUCUUCACGGCAGCGUUUUGCUCACACAGCAGCUUUGCACACCCCAGGCAGCCCCAACUGCUGAAAUCCAACUGGAGCUGGCUGGUGGUCCCUGGAUCCUAGAGCCCUUCACUUCGGGUUCCUCCCUCUUUCUUGCCUCUAUUUCUUAGUUGGAAGAAAUAAACUCACAAAUUAUGGUGCAGUGAUUUUCCGGGGAAAGUAAAGCAUCAGGAAUGCCCACACCUUUCUUCCAAAGCCUUUGUCUCUGAGACCUCUUAAGUUUUAAGAUUAAAUGCCCCUCGCCGUUUUUCCUCUGAAA